AUGGAAGCUUCUACCGUCAAAUUCCUUGGAAAUCCCUCCAUUAUCACCGCUUGGAGAACAAUUCGACAUCACAGAUCAACCAUUCUCUCGCUUCAAAACCUUACUUACAAAAACAAACGUUUUCUUCCUUUCUCGCUCACAACCACCAAAAGUAGCGAACCGGGUCAAGAUUCGACCGAUUGCUCAUUGACCUCGACAAGAGGGCUGGUUUUGGAUUUGGGGCUUUCGACGGAUUCGUGGGACAGGGAGGAGACUGGGUCUCCGGUUGUGAAGAGAUUUCUAAGCGAUAACGAAGAGAGAUGGUACAUGUGGUACCAUGGAAGAAGCUCCAAGCAAUGCCCAGAUUCCGAUUCUAUCGGAUUAGCGGUUUCAAACAAUGGGAUUCACUGGGAAAGAGGGAAAGAAAAGGUCGAGUCAAACGACGAUGUGGGUUUGGUCAUGAGCUCUUGUGAAGAUUGGUGGGCAUUUGAUAAGGCAAGUGUUCGACCUGGUGAAGUCGUGAUAAUGUCGAGUUCCAAAGUCAGGGCUAAUAGCUCUGUUUACUGGAUGUACUACACAGGCUAUACGACCGAGACGGUUGAGUUUGAAUCCCAAGGUUUCACUUUUGGGUUGGGAAAUCCAGAAAGGUUUAACCUUUGUGAUGGGAAUGCUGAGAAAUCUAGGGUUUUUAGGUCACUCCCCGGGUUGGCGAUUAGUCAAGAUGGUAGGCAUUGGGCUAGAAUUGAAGGUGAGCAUCAUAGUGGUGCCUUGUUUGAUGUUGGGUCUGAAAAAGAUUGGGACUUUCUAUAUAUUGCAUCCCCACAUGUAGUUUUCCAUGGAAGUGGCGAUCUAAGGAUGUAUUACCAUUCCUUUGAUGCGAACGCCGGUGAAUUCUGCAUUGGGAUGGCGAGAUCUAGGGAAGGGAUCAAGUGGGUGAAAUUGGGGAAGAUCAUAGGAGGAAGAAAAUCCGAAAAAGAUGGAUCGGGGUUCUUCGACGAGCUCGGAGGAAGAUAUCCUUGCGUGACAAGAAACAAGAGAGAUGGGAGUUAUGUGAUGGCCUAUGAAGGUGUGGAUAGAAACGGGAAGAUGAGCAUUGGCUUGGCGGUUUCGAAAGACGGGUUACAUGAUUGGAAACGAUUGCCAAGCAAGGAAGCGGUGAUUGCGGUUGGUAAAGACGGUGCGUGGGACAACAAAGGAGUUGGAUGUCCGUAUUUGAUUGAGAUGGAUGGAGAUUCUGAUCAUCAAUGGAGAUUGUAUUACAGAGGUGCUGGUAAUGGAGGAAGAACAGGGAUUGGUCUUGCUGUGUCUGAGGGGAAUGAUAUCACUAGGCUUACAAAACAAACAGUGGUUCACUUGUGA